AGUCUGCAAUCAUUAUUUGCGUCCCCUCGGUUUUUUUCCAUCUAUAGAGUUUGUUUUGUCUGUGAAUGAAAGAAACUGAUUGUAAUUAUUAUUAGUAUUACUAUAUACACGUACUUAUAAAAAUACAAUAUAUAUUUAGUAUAAUGUGAAUGUUUCCUUUUCUGAAUGUGGUAUGUAUAGUCGAAGGUGAGUUUCUCUGUGUGUGUAGUGUACAUGCUUAAAUGUUGAACCGUUGGAUUUUUAAAUGUUUUUCUCGUCGGGAUUCAACUGUUGGUCAACUACCGAACUAUGAUAUUAUUAUUCAACCAUGGAGAAGUGUCACCGUUAUGGGAUAAAACGCCGUUACCCACCAUUAUUCUACAAAGGAGGUGGUUCCGUCAAUGUCUGGCAACUCUGUUGUUGUGCGUGGUUUCUGGAUUUGUAUCGGGUUUAACCCCAGCCGAUGACAACGGCCCGGAUUACCUGACACCCUUCUGCACACCAAACCAGUGCCUUUUGGAAGGUUGGAAUAUUACAAAAGAAAUCUGUAAUCUCUCUGCUACAGAACGUAGGAUCAAAAUGCGCGAAACACGAUUGAAGUUUUGCACGUUGUAUACUUUGGAUUCUGUUAUAUCGGAUGUAGUGAAAAGCGUUCAAGGGGAUUAUGAACAGUGUGUAUCAAUCUUGGAUGGGAUUAAAAAUUUAGAUGAAUCUGUAUGUAAAAAAAACAGCUUCUUUCUAAACAUUGUCAAUAAAUUCGACUGCAAGGAAAAGUACUCGGUUAUAUGGAGGUGUACACACUGUGUGAAGGCAUACCGAGAAUGGUUAUGUGCUGUGUCUAUACCUUUCUAUGUUGAUGGGGUUUUUGUGAAGCCAUGCAACGCCUUCUGUUCCAAAGUUGAGGAAACUUGUCCCUUUUUUCGUCCGGCUCUAAAAGAAACUCAUGCGGGAGAUCCAAGUUUUAUAUGCAAAGAUCCCUUCAUUGCAAGUCAUAAAAAUUACAUUGAGGUUCUACGUGAUGGUGAAAAUAAGUCAGAUGAUGACAAUAACGUAUCGCAAGACUGCUACGAACGUUGUCACUUGGAAUCACAGCUUGCAGCUUCCCAAUCUACAACAGGCUGUGACAGCAUCCCUUCCCAAAAUGUAACUAAAUGUCGAGAGUUGCAACUGUUUGGCAAUCAUUCGGCUGUCAUGGCAGGUGGUUCUAGCCACCUCCUUUUAACAUUUAAAUCAUCAAGCAGCUUUUGGUGUAAUUUAGUUAAAUAUGUACAUAUAUUUUGGCUUUCGCAGACUUUAUAUCAAUAUUUGUCUGCUGGACUCACCUAGAAUUGGUUUUAGAAUUCUUUCCCUUAUGCUUCAUCUGUCCUAAAUUGUUUGUGUCCAUAGCUGGGGUUGUUAUAACUAAUUCCACUCAAAUUUAAAUACAAAAGAAGACAUAUACACAGAACAGAAAAUGUGUGUUUAGUUUAUAGACACACUUACAUUAAAAAUAGAAGUUGCCAAGAUAAAAAGAUAGGAAAAAGAAAAAUAUAUCUCUUUCAAUUUUCUGGCAGUAAAUUUUCUGUCCUUUUAGAUUUUCUGAAAAGAGAGGAAAAAAAAAAUUCUUUUAAUAAUUAUAGUGUUUGUGGUUAUAUAUAUAAAAAGAAAAACAGAAAAAAAAAAUCAAACAAAAAAUGUUUUAUCAAGGCAUUUGAUGUUUUGGUUAAGUAUUAAAAUUAUGGUUGAUGGCAUAUUCUUAGGUGUGCUCCAGUAAGAGAAAUUUGAAAAAGAAAGAAAAAAAACAACAACAAAA